AUGGCCGACUUGCUGGAGCUGCUGGCUCCACAUCUAGAUCCAACGCAGUCCCAUGAUGCUACUACCGACAGAUACCUGACACGUCUAUCUACACUGUCGCUUGAAGCCCUUCAGACCACAGAACCCCCAUCGCUCGCCCAAUCCUCCCACUCCACCCUUCUCUCCCUUCAAGCCUUAUCGAACCGUUCGCACCGAACAUUCGUCACAUCUGCAGAUAACCUGUCCACACUACGGACCUCUGUACCUCAGUUGACCCGUGAGGCGCAACAGCUACGUGAUGCGAUCCCCAAACUCGACGAGGAGGCCGUUGGGUUCUCCACCAAAUACAGUAAGAUUACAGACAACGCUGCGCUAGAAAGACGGAAGAAAGCCAUGCAAUUGUCGCGUAAUGUUGACCGACUGUCCGACAUCUUGGAACUACCAAGCCUCUUGUCCAAAGCCGUGUCUGCUGCUUCAGUGAACUCUGGUACCGGGGUAUCCUCUACAACCUACUCUUCUGCACUCGACCUGCAUGCACAUAUCAAGCGAUUACAAACAUUAUACCCCGAAUCACUAUUGAUUCAAGAUGUGGCAUCUCAAGCGGAGGAUGCUAUGAAGGACAUGACAAGUAACCUGAUCACGGGGCUCAGAGCACAGAACCUGCGGCUAGCAGCUGGUAUUCGAACUGUGGGUUGGCUGCGGCGAGUAGCCCCGGAUCUGGAAAUGCUGCAGAGUGAUGGAGCGGCUGGGACUGGGGAAGGCGCUCUGGGUGCCAUAUUUCUGGUCUGCAGAUUGGCGCAUUUGGUAUUGACCCUCGAAGCUCUGGAUCCUCUCCGCGAACUAGCGGACCAAGAAACCCAACGGAGACUCGGCGGCAAGGACAAAUCAGACCCGACUUCGUGGUCUGGCGGUCAGCAGACUGACCGCUACUUAAAAAGGUACAUCGAGAUCUUCCGUGAGCAGAGCUUUGCGAUCGUCUCGCUGUACAAGAACAUUUUCAACUCCGAACAAUCCGAACCCGAGCUUGCGGCCUCGGGACUGCGAAUUUCAGACGCCCAUUCCAAGUCUAAGUCAAAGCUAGCACACUCGGAUGACCCCUUGCAACAUCUUCCCCCAGCCUUGGCUACUUUCCCAAUGCAUCUCGUGCAACUGCUCACGGAUACAAUGCGCUCCUAUCUUCCUAACAUCCGAGAUCGGAGUUCGAGGGAAAGUCUUCUCACCCAGCUUUUAUAUUGUGCCGCAAGUCUUGGUCGCCUAGGUGGUGACUUUGGCAUGAUUUUGACUGAGCUGGGUGGGGAGGAAGAUACCGAAGACGUUACUUAUGAAUGGGAGGAGGUCAUGCGCAAACAUCGAGCCUUGGCAGGGCGUCUGGAACAACUGACCAGUCGCGUGCCUGUGAAUUAA